UCGCUGACUCGCUCGCUCACUCACUUCAACCAUUUCCUCCUCGUCGCCGGUGUGCCAAAAACAUUAGUCUUCUUCGAACUCGCGUUGCUUCCAGUCGGUUUUGCAGUUUAUCUGGACACGACUUCCUGUGAUAGAGGCAAUCCGCGAAUCGUGGUCGCCAUUCAAUAAACGGCAAGCAAGAUGAAAAUUCUGACAGCGAUUUUGGUGGCCGCCUUUGGCAUCGUCGGAAUCUCAGCUUCAGAAGCUCAAGUUCAAAUCGAGAGCGAAGAAGGAGUCCUGGUCCUCACAAAGGACAACUUCGACGACGUCAUCAAGGACAACGAUUACGUACUUUUGGAAUUCUAUGCACCAUGGUGUGGUCAUUGCAAACAGUUGGCACCCGAAUAUGUUAAAGCAGCAGAGAAAUUAGACGAACUUAAAUCCGAAAUAAAACUCGCAAAGAUCGAUGCCACCCUCCAGCAAGAAUUGGCCGAACAACACAAUGUUCGGGGUUAUCCUACCCUUAAAUUCUACCGCAAGGGUUCUGUCAUCGAAUACGGCGGUGGCAGAUCGGCUGAUGAAAUUGUCAACUGGCUUUUGAAAAAGACUGGACCAGCCGCUAAAGACUUGCUAUCAGUCGAUGACGCCAAAGCCUUCAUUGAUGGACAGAAUGUCGCCAUCGUUGGUUUCUUCAAGGAUCAAGAAUCUGACAGUGCCAAAGUAUUUCUUGAUGUUGCUAAUGCCGUUGAUGAUCAAGUAUUUGGAAUUACUAGCAACGAUGAAGUAUUCGCUGAGUACGGUGCUGAGGAUGGCAAAGUUAUCCUCUUCAAGAAGUUCGACGAAGAAAAAGUCGUAUUUGAGGGAGAACUCAACCAGAAAGACCUCACAAACUUCAUCUCUGUCGAAUCACUGCCACUCAUUGUUGAAUUCACCCAAGAAUCCGCCCAGAAGAUAUUCAGUGGUGAAAUUAAGAGCCACCUUUUGGUCUUCCUCAGCAAAGAAGCUGGACACAUCGAAAAAUACGUAGAAGGAAUCAAGACGCCUGCCAAGAAAUUCCGUGGACAGGUCUUGUUCGUGACGAUCAAUGCCGACGAAGCCGACCACGAGCGUCUUCUUGAAUUCUUCGGAAUGAAGAAGGAAGAUGUUCCCACUAUGCGUCUCAUCAAGCUGGAAGAAGAUAUGGCCAAAUACAAGCCAGAAAACCCAGAAAUCACGAGCGAAAACGUCUUGGAAUUCGUCACUGCAUUCACUGAAGGAAAACUGAAGAGGCACUUGCUCACCCAAGACUUGCCCGAGGACUGGGACAAAACCCCCGUCAAAACUCUCGUCGGAACCAACUUCCGUGACAUUGCAUUCAACAAAGAAAAGAACGUCCUCGUCGAAUUCUACGCUCCAUGGUGUGGUCACUGCAAGCAACUUGUUCCCAUUUAUGAUGCUCUUGGUGAGAAGUUCAAGGACAGCGAGACUAUUGUGAUUGCAAAGAUGGACGCCACUGCCAAUGAAUUAGAUGAUAUCAAAAUCAGCAGCUUCCCAACUAUCACGCUUUAUAAGAAAGACACGAAUGAGGCUGUUGAAUACAACGGUGAGAGAACACUUGAGGGUCUAGUCAAGUUCCUUGAAUCUGACGGUACUUACGGACAGGCCGCUGAAGAGGUCCAAGAGGAAGAUGAGGACGAUGAUGUACCUCGAAAGGACGAGUUGUAAAAAAUCACCUCUGACAAUAAUUCUCAUUCGCCCUUUCUCUUCGUAUCGACGAGUUCCACAACAUUUAUUUCGAGCGGACAGAUAGUAUGUUUGACACUCGUCUGCGAAACUUACAUUCAGCAGAAUAAAUCGUCGCAUACAAUCAGUUUUUCAUCGAUUCCAUCUCGCUCGGGGCCUUCGCGCAGUAAAGGGUACAAAUUGAAUUUCGUCUAUUAGACUUAAACCUAGAGUGCAUUUCAUGAAGAGUGCAGAGACCUCGAGUGACGUCAAUCCAUUUCGAUAAAUACACAUGUGCAACGCAUCAUUUCUUUCCCCGAGAUUAAGACAGUUUGGAGCAGUGUUCGUUUAGGGAAAAAUUUGGAUUGCAAGGCGAUCAAAUCGCUGAUUAUUUGCGUUACUUUCACUCAACAUGAUACGGCGAUUCGAUCGACGUACCCAAAGUGUACUUACGCCGCUCUUCCAGAAUAGUUGUUUUUUCUAUUAAUUAUUUUAGCCGGUUUAGUGACUUUUUUUCUUUUUCUUUUUUUUUUUUUUGUUUACUUGUACUCGUGAUCUGAACAGAUUAAAACUGAAUUAAUAUAAUAAGUAAUGUGGAAUGUGCAAAAAUGUUUAGGGUAAGGUUCCUCCGUAGCCCUGUAUGAUUUUUAUUUUUGUAUAAAACGACGCUUUUUGUAAGGAUAUUGUGUCGUGAGUCCCGUCAAUAAUUUUAGGUUGGGAGAGAAUACGAUUGCAGGGGUGCUGCAAGACGGGUAUCUUUGUAUAUUUACAAUUCCAUCUACAGCAUUUCGUUUUACAAUGGUUGUUAUUUAAGAAGAUUUUUAGACUAGGGUGCGGUUCGGCCAAACUCCUAGUUUUACCGACUGAGACUUUAGGAAAUUUUAACGUGAAGGAAGUGAAGAAAAAA